AUGAGCAAGGGGAGGUCUGGCAACAGGGAGAAGCAGCAGUGGUUGGGCGCCGCGACAUCAGCGUUACAGGGCGCUGUACGGCCCACGAGGGCUUCUAGCGGACGCACGGUUGGGGAGGGGUUCUCGGGUCGUCCGUUCGCAUGGAGAGGUGUUGAAUCCAAGGAGCAGAGAUCUCGCUCACGAGGGCAAGGCAGAGCGUUUGCGGACGCGGAAAGCAGCCAUCUUGCCCGGGAGAGAAGCAAACGAGCCCUGCGCAGUCUGCGGCCGACAGGUAUUGGAACCGAUCAGAGAGACCUACAAUACAUCCCCUAUGGAAACAUUGGUGCCUCAAUUGGGAUGGUUGCAGGAGCUCUGGUGGGCCACUUGUACUGCCCAACAGAGCCAGAUAGUGCAACCUACACAGUGUUCACGACAGCGGGCGGCAGCAUCUUUGGGGGCAUUGCUGGGUGCGCCCUGAAUAGGGCUUCACGGGCUGUCUGGAAUUUCAAAGGCGGGGUUCUCAGGCCCCUCGUGAUUGUGACCGGUGGGGACAUGGUUGCCUCUUGGGCGUUGGCAAGGAGGGGCAGACCUCGACGUUGCCAUGAUCACACAUUUGGUCCUCUGGCGCUUGGUGUGGCUCUGGCAGGAUGUGCAGGUCAUUUUUUGUGGGGACAAAAGGGAAGGAGAUAA